CAGACUCGCGCGUGAGGGGGGCGUGUUCGUUCGGUUUGGUCGAACGAACUGCAGCAGCUUCCGCUCGCUGGCGUCACACAUGUAGCGCAACAUGGCCCCUGCUAGCCGGGCUGUUGUUUUGGUAGCGAUCUCACUACUCUACCUGUGCCGGGCAAUCAUCUCCACCGAGUAUUUCUCCACUCUGACUUUGUUCAACAACGAGCUCCACAAGCAGGGAUGCAGCUCGCUGUCCGAGUGGGAAGAGUACGCGGCAGACUGCGAAUCUGCGAUUUUACAGUUAGAAGACCCAGACUGUGAGGAGGGAAGCAACCCGCCCUGCGAGUCAGUCUUCUCACUUAACGCAGAGAAGAUCCUGAACCAGGCCAAGUUGUUUAUAGAACAGAAAAAAAUCCCCUUCCCCGUAGAUAAUCACAACACAAAUGAAGAACUUGCUAUAGGCUACGUCCUGAUAGGCAACGGUCUUUAUGAUGAAGCCAUCAAACAUUUCUCACUCUUAUUACAGGGCGACCCAGAGCUGGUCAGUGCCAUUUAUGGGAGGGGGAUAGCUUACGGAAAGAAAAGUCUACAGGAUAUAAAGAAUGCUGACUUGGCGUUGUAUGAGCUCAACCGAGUCAUCACCCUGGAGCCAAACUGGCCAGAGGUCUACGAGCAGAGAGCAGAGAUCCUGUCUCCUCUGGGUCGUAUCAGCGAGGCUCUGAGUGAUCUGACCAAAGCCAUCCAGCUGCAGCCCUCAGCUCGUCUCUACAGACACAGAGGAACGCUGCUUUUCAUUUCAGAGGACUAUGUGGCAGCUAUGGAAGACUUCCAGCAGUCUUUAGAGCUGAAGAAGAAUCAGCCCAUCGCCAUGCUUUAUAAAGGCCUCACCUUCUUCCACAGAGGAAUGCUCAAGGAAGCCAUUGAGACAUUCAAGGAGGCGCUAAAGCUGAAGUCUGACUUUAUAGAUGCAUAUAAGAGCCUGGGACAGGCCUACAGAGAGCUGGGUGAUUUUGAGUCAGCGAUGGAAAGUUUCCAGAAAGCCCUCAUGCUGAACCAGAACCACAUCCAGUCUCUCCAGCUCCGAGGCAUGAUGCUUUACCACCACGGCUCCCUGCAGGAGGCAAUAGGCAACUUCAAGAGGUGUCUUCAGUUGGAGCCCUACAACGAGGUGUGUCAGUACAUGAAGGGGUUAAGUCACGUGGCCAUGGGACAGUUCUACGAGGGCAUCAAAGCUCAGACUAAAGUCAUGCUGAACGAUCCUCUGCUGGGACAGAAGGCCAGCUCUGAAUACCUCAAAGUGAAAUACCUCAGAGAGUACUCUCGCUACCUGCACUCGCACCUGGACAUCCCAGUAGCUGAGUACAACGUGGACCAGGAUUUACCAGGGAACUUCAAGAAUCACUGGGCCAAGAACCUGCCUUUUCUAAUAGAGGACUAUGAAGAGCAGCCUGGACUGCAGCCACAUAUCAAGGACGUGCUGCCGCAGAACUUUGACAGCUACAGCAGUGAAGUUCAGAAGCUGAUAUGCACAGCCGACCAUCUGGGGGCGCUAAUGCAGUAUGACACUCCUGGUUUCUUACCUAACAGGAGAAUACACAGAGCCAUGGGUUUGGCAACACUGGAGGUCAUGCAGGCCAUGCAUCGAACAUGGAGCAACUCCAAAGUGCGAGUCAAUGGCAAGACCAGGCAAAUGCAGUGGAGGGACAUGUUCGACAUAGCUGUCAAAUGGAGGAGGAUUGCAGACCCAGACCAGCCAGUUCUGUGGUUAGACCAGAUGCCUGCCAGGAGUCUCAGUCGAGGCUUCAACAAUCACAUCAAUCUCAUCAGGGGACAGAUUAUCAACAUCAGAUACCUGGCUUACUUUGACAACAUCCUCGACUUCAUCAAAGACAGAAUACUAGUGUACCAUGGGGCGUACAACCCCAGAGGCUUACUAGAAGUCCGUCAGGCUCUUGAAAAUGUCAACAAAGUAGAAGAUCUUCUUCCUAUAAUGAAGCAGUUCAACAGUAAAACCAGAGAUGGCUUCACAGUCAACUCCAAGGUGCCGAGCAUGAAGGAUGCUGGGAAAGAGUACGACGGUUUUACCAUCACCAUCACAGGAGACAGGGUGGGCAACAUGUUAUUCUCAGUAGAGACCCAGACGACAGAAGAGCGGACGCAGCAGUACCAGUCAGAGAUCGAGUCCAUCUACAAAGACCUCACCGCCAAAGGAAAGGCGUUAAUGCUGUCCACUGAACUCGGGGAUGCAGAUGCUUUAUGUGACCUGAUCCUCUCCUUGGUUUAUUACUUCUGCAACCUCAUGCCCCUCUCCAGGGGAUCCAGUGUGGUGGCCUACUCUGUCGUGAUGGGGGCGCUGAUGGCCAGCGGGAAAGAGGUCAUCGGUCGGAUCCCUAAAGGAAAGCUGGUGGAUUUUGAAGCCAUGACCACACCCAGUCCAGACAGCUUCAGUAAAACAGCAAAGAGCUGGAUGAAUCUAAAGAGUUUACCAGGCUGGUACCAGAGUCUUCCAUCUGUAGCAGAGACCUUCCCAUCGCUAGAACAGAUGAUCGAGGUUCUCAAUACAGACUCGUCUUCACACUGUCCAAAGAAGUCGUAACACAGCUUCUACGCAGGAGAGAAGUCUGUGAAAUAAAGUCUUAAUAAUAGAGCUUCUACACUGGGCAGAACAAAGGGACUGUCUUCUUCUGCAAUCCAAACAAAACCUGGAUAAGUUCUCUCCAAAAUCAUCUCAGCUUUAAUGCUUAUCGUUUAUAUUUUAAGAACAUUUGACUCGUGUGACAAACAGGUUUCUCCACAUCCCCAGUAAGACUGAGGUGAUCGAUAAAAGAUUAUUUUAAAGAGACGUUUCCUCUGAAGUGAUGACCGAUUAUUGGUUUUCUCAGAACUAGUUUCCUUUAAUUUGGUGUCAAAACUCGUCUCCAGAUCCUGCUUUGUUCUCUGUCAUUUCUUCUUGAAUACUCCAGUUCUUUUUACAUUUGAAAUCUUCUUUUAUUUAAGAGGCUGGAAUCAUUUCUCACUAUUUUUGAUGAAAAACGACGGAAUAGUUUCAGUGGUUUUGAUGCUGUUUCCAGUUCUAAAAUGUGGCGGUCUGCAGCAGCUGUUUUUAUUUUCCACUUCUUAAUGAUUUGAUGAAUUAAUGAUUAUUAUGAAAUUAGCCCCAGUUUAUUCCCACACUCCAGCUGUUGUGGAGAAAUGACAGAGAGCAGUAAAGCAGGAUCUUUCAGUUAGUUUGGGAUGCAGAAGCGAUUCUGUCCACCCUCUCUCUUUCUCUGCUUCAUGGGCCUCACACUGAAACACCCAAAGCACAAAAUCCAUCUCAUGAACCAUCAGCAUGAACAAUCUUUGGUUGCAUAGAUAAGCCUAAAGCCCUAGUUUUAGAUGACUUAGAAUUGGAUCUUAAUUUGACUUGUUACCAGUUGUUUAAGUUUUGGAUUGACAGUGUCUGUUAUAUUAAAAAAAAAAGAUUUUAUUUAACAUUGAAGAUUGUAAUUGGCACUUUAAACUUUUAUUUUAACCACUGCUGUGCUCACACACAGUCCAGCCCAUCAGCAGAGAGGGAGUUCAGGGAAUUUUAAAGGUAAUGAAACAAAACCUUCAGGGCUAUUGAAUUCCACAUGGGAAUCUUGAAGCAGUCUCUUUUAUUUUGUUUUCUCGCAGGAAGUGUCACUUCUCUCUCCAAGUACUGAACCUCUUCUUUCUUUUAAUGUGACCAAUAAUGAGUUGGUAGAAAGUUGGGUCGGCUGCUGAACUGAAACGAGAGGAACAGUCAGAGAUUUUAGAGAAGUGUUACUUAAUCAGUUAGAAAAACAAGAUUAAUCAUUUAAGUGAUUUAUUCAAGAAAAAAUACCAAACUAUUUCUCAGAGGUCAACAGAUAUCAGUGUAAAGUCAAUAAAAGUGUUUUGGGGGUUUUUUUUGGAAACAAAACAAGCAAUCUGAAGAUAUCGUUAUAGGAAAUUUGUUUGUACUGUUUGACAGGACAGAAAAAGAAAGAAAACAUUAGAUUAUUGAUGCAGAAUCAAUAUUAAACAGUAACUUUAGGCUUUAAAUAAAUGUGUUCGGCUCACAAGUUUAUGAAAGAAGAAAAAGGAGAAACAAAAACCUGGUAACCUCAGUACCACUCAAAUAAAAGCUCCUGAUUGUUCUCUUUAGUCUCUGACUGUGGGAUUUCAUUGAGGAUUAAUUAUCGAUGAAGAAAAGCACACCGCAUACUGUUAAUUCCUUUGCUAUCAUUCCUUAGGCUUGUAUUGAAUCUGGCUCUCGUGUUUCUUUUCUUUGGAUUUCCUAAACAUCUUAUGGAUUAAAUUUGUACAAGAUCAGAGCAAUAGUUUGGGAGAAAAGAUCUCUCUUCCUUGUCAAGCUCACAGAAAUCUGGAGAAAAAAAUUGGUGUCGGAAAUCCUUACAAAGACUUUAAUUGGCUGUAAAUUUUAAAACAAUUGUCUGAGGAAAUACAAGUGUAGUUUGAAAUUUUGUCAUUGAAUUUCUCCAGGUUUCUGUCUUCUGGCUUGAUGAGACUGAACUCUGGUUGCACAAAAUGAAAGAUUAAGUAGAUUUUUAGUAGCAUUUUUAUGGAAAUCGAACGCGCACAGACACAAAUCAUAAAACUGAGAAGUGUUUUAUGUUUUUUAGAAUUUAAGAUAAUGUUUUAAUCUGGUGAAUGGGGUUGAGGGAAGUUAUGUGAUGUGAUGUUUACAAGCAGCAACUUUACGAAACAAAAUACUUGAGUGUCAGAUACUGAGGCUACAUCAGUGUGUUUGCAGCUGCUGCCUGUUUUUUUUAAUGACUCAUCAAUGUGAGUUUAAGCACAAGAAGAAAAGGAGGUCACUCUUCUUUCAGCAUCUCUCAUUUUUUUUGAUUGCAGCUUUUAUGAUUUCGAGGCCUUUGAAAUAUCACUGAAUGUCCACUUUUACUAAGUUUGUCAUUCAGUCAGUUCAUUUCCUGCUUUACUGACAGUGAACAGUGCACUCGCUUCGCUUUGUGUCACCUUUUCUUUCUCAUAUCAGUGAUUGUUCUGACUGGUUGUCAUUUUAUUUUUUGUUGCACUGGGUGACCUGGUCAUUAAGUGCUACGUGGCUUCGGAGCGAGGAGUGCACAACCGAUCUUAAAGCUUAAAACUUGAAGGAGGGAUUUUUUUUUAAUGAAUGAGUGAAUGAAUGUUCAGCAGUCAAUAAAACUGGUUGACAAUUUUAA